GCACAUGGUGCAGCAGCUGUCCCUGCUCAUUCAGUGUAGAAGAGAGCAGAAGCUGGGGGUGUGCACUCUACCGGUAAGCGCUGGAAGAACAGCUGAGACUGAAUGCAAAAAGAAUGGCAGAAGCUGUAGCUAAAGUAGCAAGAAGGGUUAAUGACAUGGUGAACAGUGGAGGACACCAUCUAGAUCUAUCGGGCUGUUCUCUGACCUCUUUCCCGGUCGGGCUGUAUUUGUCCACAAGUUCAGUUGCUGACAAAAUCUUCUCAAUUUCACUGGCUAAUAAUGAGUUGAAAAGUCUGACAGGAAAAUUCUUUACUGUUUUCAAAGAAGUACAAGAGCUCGAUCUUCAAGGAAAUCUUCUUCAUGUACUACCUCAUGAGAUUAGUCUUCUAGGUAAUCUCAAAACGAUCAAUUUAGCAAGAAAUAAGUUUGAAACAUUCCCAGAUGAGCUGACAAAAAUUCUGUGCAUUGAAAACAUCAACCUGGAAGGCAAUGAGAUCAAAGAUAUUCCUGUUGAUACUCUGAACCAAUUGUCACGUCUCUUAAGUGUGAACCUCAAGCUUAAUCCCAUAAAUAAAGAUGUAUCGAGCCUUUCCAGCGUUAAAUAUAAACUGGAUCUGUAAAGUGCUGAAUAUGGGGGGUGUAAACCUCACCAUGGAUUGCUGCUCUCCAGCCUGCAACUCUGCAGGAAUGCCUCUUUCUGAUCAUAGAAAAUCGACGUGAAAUUACUGAAUUUAUCGCUUUAAAUUAUGGGUGUGAUUUAUGCAAGAUUUCUGUUUGAAUAUCUGGGUUGUUGAAUUAAAUAGCUGCUUUAACAAAGGCAUUUUAAAAUGAA